AUGUUGACUACUCGGGCUGUUACUGUGACAAAUGGUCCAGAGAAGACAUACGAUAUGCGGUGUCUUCUCAAGACUGGAGAAUUUUCAGAUUUCGAGUUUGUCUACUGUGGGCACACCUUCCACAUUCACCUAGCCAUCGUCACGAGGUACUCUGAAGACUUUCAAGAAUUAAUGAGUAACGAGAGUGAGAAAUCGCGAGACAGGGAAACCUGGCAACUGGAUCAGAGUCUACCUUCUCCUGCGACAAUUGCACGACUUCUUUACUACCUCUAUACUACCAGUUAUCCCGUCUCACACAUUGCCCACGCUGGUAUCAAGGACUUCGCCAACAUUUCCGACGAUGAUAUUGUGGAGGGUCGUGUAGACUUUGUCCACGUAAAUAUGUACGCCAUGGGCAACAAAUUCAACGUCCGCUUCCUGCCUGACACCGCAGCUCAAGCCUUCAGAGAGCUUGGUCACGGUGGCGGUGAACUCCUCAAGAAGUACUGUUGGCCGGAGCUGGCUGCACACAUCUACCACACCUCGACAACUUCUGAACGACAACUUCGGAUCAUUGUGGUUCGAGAACUGCAGUGGACCAUGAACUACAAUCGCGCUCUUCUUGGUGACGGACAGGUACUGAAUGAGACAUUGAAGAAUUUGCCUGGGAUUGCUCAUGAGCUUGCGAUUACUCCGAUAACGAGGAGGAGGCACGAAUGCUCAGCCUGCGGGAAACGACAGUGCGUCUUGGUAUUGCUAUGCAACCACCGCCCACGACACGAGGCUGACGACCUGGAGUGUUUCAAGCUCGGUCUGAAGGAGCAGGAAUGUCGGAAGUGUCAUCGCUUGGACAUCUUCAAGGAGUAA